UCUGACCCCUCUGUUACUCGAUAGCCACGCGUUCGUCAAUUCUAACGCAAUACAAAAAGUAAAUAAAAAAACUGUUUCAUGUGUGAAACUCUAUUUAAAAUAAUUUAGAAAUACACUUAUAUUUAAUAACUUAUCACUAUCGAAUAUAAAAUAUAUUGUAAAAUUUAUCUAUAUCAAUUGUAAACUUGAACAUCGAAUUUCGUGUGUUGUAAAGUGUUAGAUUUACAUAUAAUUUUAAUUGCUAUUGUGGUGGGAUUAGAUUGAGUUUUAUUUGGCAAAAUGUGGUGGAUUCUUAGGCGUGCUAGGCUCACAGGAGCGUCCCUCUUCAGCCAAGCGUCGGGGACCAACAACAAUAAUAAUACAAAGACAGAAUCCCGACCGCCUCGGAAAAACUACAAUCAGCUGUCAUCGAAUGAGAAACUCGAUAACAGACAAACUGAAGACAUUCACAUCGAAGAUGCAGAAGUAGAUUCAGACGCGAGUAGUACCGACUUAGAUGACCGUGAAACACGGGGUGUGUGUCCGCCUUGUGCGCAUGACCGCUACAACAAUAAUAUUCGUCGACACGUCCACGAUGACUUCAGUGACGACACAGAUUAUGACGAGGCGCUAACGUGCAACGUGUGCGACCGCUCGUUCCCCACCCGCCGCCAGCUAGCCGACCAUCAACAGAAAAAGCGACAUUUCGGUUGCGGCGCGUGCGACAGUCUGUUCCCCUCGCUGAUGGCGUUGGAGCACCACAAGGAGGAGUUCCAGCACUGGAGCGACUCCUCAUACUGCUCGCACUCGGACUCCGAGGACAGCGAGCUGGAGGCGUGCCACGAGGACCGACACCGGCUGCUAUAAUGCCACCAUCUCAUUAUUGCCGGGGACAGGCCUACCAAGUUGGGCACUUUUGUUUGAACUCUUCACGAAUUUACACGUUUGGCAACCAGGUCUGCAAGCACAAACGUGCGGACUCGGUAUUUGAUUCGA